AUGGUUAAAGCUGUAGAUUGUGAAAUCAUUCCUCUGUGGAUAGCUAUGGGUGCAUUGAUAACCGUGAUUUUUUCGACUAUGAAUGUAACAUGCGGCAAGAGAAAAAGCAAGGUCCUUGAAAUGCCAGAAAGGCAAAGUUGUGAAGAAGUGAGUGAAGUCACCGAAUCAGAAACGGACGAAGACGCAAAAAGUCCUGAGAAAAUCUCGCUAGCUGAAAAGUCACUCGAUGAGCUCAAAGCAAUGUGCAGAUGCACUCCCAAGCCACUACCAGUCCUAAGAUAUCGCAGAACGGGAAAACCUCCAAUUCUUUAUUAUGCACGUUCAGGAUCUAGCGGAAACGAAAAUAAAAGUUUAAGUAGUACUCUAGACGAGAACAAACCAGAACAGAAAUCACGAACGCACUGGUUUUAUGCGUCAAAGUCCAGUACAAAGAAUGCACGGAUUCAAGGACAAGAGAGCAUGGCAUUAGAUAAAUCCCAAGAGGAACCUGUUAGGUUAAGUGAAGAAAGAUGCAUAAGUUUCAAGCAGCCUAAAAAAAAAAGGAUUGUGGGUGCCCGUGAUCCGCAGUAUAUGACUCUUGCAGAGCUCAAUCCAGACUGUUAUUUUGAAUAUCCGAAGUCGAAGCAAGCUGUUGGAGACGAUUUUUAA